AUGUCUCCCCCGGGCUCCCCAGACCCCCACACCCCGCAGGAUGUCCAGCUCCUCCCGGCCCCUCUGUCCCCUCUGGAGGUCACGGGCUCCAGUGAUCCUGUCGUGAUCUCUCAGGAUGUGCCAAAACAUCCUCGAGAGCUACUCUCCUUCAAGCCCAAGCUCAAGACCAUCCAAGUCAUCACCAAGGACCUGAUCCGGGAGCUCAUCAUCCCCCAGGAGAAGCCCCAACCGUGUCUCAUCAUUGGAGAAAAGGAAUAUGAGAAACUCAAGGAAUCAGCUCGAGCCCCGACUGAAGAGGAGCGUUGGGACAGGCUGAAGACCCUGAGAGCCAGACAGGACGCUGCUUUUGAAGCCCUGAAAAAGGCCCAGAUUGAGGAGCAGAGAAAGGCAGAGCUGGAGGACAAGAGGAACUGUCAGAGAGACGUGGAGGAGGAGCUGCAGCAGGAGGAGCAGAAGCUGCUGCAGCGGGCGAUGAGGAUGAGGCUGGAGCAGGAGGAAGACGUGCGGGAGCUGAACGCACUGUUCCUCAAUGCCAAGUGCAACAUGAUCCGGGACAAGCAAGUCCUGGAGAAGCGGAUGAUCAACAAGGAACUGGAGGAGGAGGAGAAGCGCCUGGACAAGAUGAUGGAAAUGGAGCGGGAGAAGGGCGUGGAGGUCCAGGAGGAGCUGGAGCGCCAGAGGAAGCAGGAGCUGAUGAGAGCCCGGCAGGACAUUGUGAAACAGAUGGAGCAGAAUGCAGAGGAGCGGGCACUGAGGGCUGAGGAGCUGUACCAGGAGGGCCAGAGGCAGCUGGAGCGACUGGAGCAGAUGAAGAGGGAGGAUCGGAAGGCCUGGGAGCAGAAACAGGAGCGACUAAAGCAAAUCCAUGCUGAUAUUAAACAUUUCAAUAUGGAGAGCCAGAGGCUGAAGGAUCAACAGAGGGAGCAGGAGAGGCUGGAGGAUGAGCGGGUGCUGGAGCAGCAGCGGCAGAAGGCUGAGCGGGAGGCCACCUUGGAGGCAGAGCAGCAACAACUGCGCCUGGAGAAGGAGAAGGAGCUGGCCCGGCUCAGAGCCACACAGGAGCGGGCCCAGGCCUGGCAGGCAGAGCGGGAUGCUCUGAGGGCCAAGAGGAACCAAGAGGUCGCAGAUCGGGAAUGGCGGCGGCAGGAGCUGGAGAAGGCACGGAAGAAGGCCGAGCUGGAGCAGCAGCUGAAGCAGGACCGGCUGGAGCAGGUGGCCCAGAAGGAGCAGUACCUGGCCAUGCAGGUGCAGCAAGACCGCCAGGAAUUCCAGAGGGUGCUCAGGGCCCAUCAGGAGCAGCUGGAGCGGGAGAAGCUGGAGCAGGAGCAGAGGGAGCUCCGGCAGCGCGCCCAUGCCGAAGAUCUCCGGCGGCAGAUCCAGGAGCUGCAGCAGCAGCGGCAGCGGGAGCGGGCGGCCUUCAUUGAGGAGGGCCGGCGGCAGCAGCAGGAGAUCCGGCAGCGCAGCGAGCGCCUCGCCCAGUUCAGGCAGCAGAAGCUGCAGGAGUUCAGAGCCACCGGAAUUCCUGACAAGUAUUUUGUCCAGGUGGAGCGCAGGGCCCGGAGCCGAGCCAGCAGAGCCCCCUCCUAGGCCCAGCCCCACCAGGAACCAGCUGGGAUUCCCCACGGAUUUGGGGCUCCGUUUCCAUUGUCCUGGGUUACAAGGUGGGGUGUACCCAAACUGUGUGUUCUCCUCCCAUCUCCACCAUCCUGAUGGACUGUGAAUGGGUGGGUCACUCCCUGCAGCUGCCCAGUGCACAGCUGAGCCCUCAGGCUGCAAGCUGGGUGUUCCAUAAGGGAAGGAGGCAAACCCUGCAGGCAGUCUGUGUUUGUCUUCCCCAACUGACUCAGUCCCAGUGGGCAGCCUGUGGAGCCUAGGCCAUCAAGGAUUCCCCAGAACAUCCCAUGAGUCAUUGGAAUACAUAAUUCCACUGUGAAAUUCCCUGCUCUGGGGGAGUACUGAACAUUCCUGCCUGAAUCUGGCCAUAUAUAAUCUGGGCUCUUUGGGGACUUGGGACACAGCACCGCUCGAGGGACCCAGGGGAGAACCAGACCUUCCAGAGGAGGACCAGACCUUCCCCAGGACCACUGC